AUGAAAUUUUCAAAUGAAUAAUUAGAAAUAAAUAUAAAAUAAAUUUUUGAAAUAGAAAAUAAUAAUUUAUAAAAAUAGAACCCAAAAAAAUUAAUAAAAAGGUUAUCCAUUAUAUUUCUAAUUCUUUUUUCGGCCUUUAUUUCCGCAUAAAAUUUAAUAGGCACAUUAUAUGCUAGUAUGAAUUAUAAUAAUUUAGGUUUACUUUCUACAUUGUUUAUAUAUUUUUUCUUUGCCAUAGCUUGUGUAUUUGCUAAUUUUUACGUUAGUAAAUAUACAUAUUUAUAAGUUUUUUUCUAUAGUUCGAUUCCUUAUACAUUAUUUGUAUCAUCUGGGAUAUGGGUCUGUUUAUGCAGUGAAUUAUAAAAUUAAGGAUUGUGUAGUGACUAAAUUGUUUAUUUUAUUGUUUUAAUUUGUGCUUCUUUAACUGGUAUUGCGGCUUCUACUUUAUGGGUAAAUUAGUAAAGUUCUUAUGUGAAUUCGAUUUUAUAAAAUUAUCCUAAUUAAAUCGGAGGACUUUCGGGUAUUUUUUGGAUUAUUUUUUCAUUUUCGUCUUUAAUUAGUCCUAUUUUAUCAAGCAUUACUUUAUAUUUAGUUGGUAAUUUAGGUAUGUUUAUUGUUUUAACAUUAGUUUCAGGAUAUUCUUGUUAUAUGUUUAAUUACAUUCCGAUAUAAGAAAAUCUUAAUAGUAAUUUAUAAACUAAAUAAAAUAUAGAUUACAAAGAAUAAUUUAGUGAAAUAUUUUAGAUAAUAAAAAGUCAAAAAUUAAGACCGUAUUUUUAUUUUUUAUAUUAUUAAGGAAUUCCUUUGGCUAUAUAUAGUGGAUAUAUAGAAAUUAUUGUGAGAAAAACAUUAAAUAAUUAAAAUAAUAUUAAUAAUGAAAUUUCUAAUAUUUUAAUUGCUUUAGGAGUUUCUUCUAUAAUAGGAGGAUAUAUAUCAGGGAAAAAUAAUAGAUAGAAUUUUGUAAUGAUAUUUCUAAAGUUUUUUUUUUAAUUUAUUAUUUUAUUGAUAUUUAUCUGUAUGUAUUUUGAAAAUUAUUAUUUGAGUUUUUUUAUUAUGUUUUUAUUGGGAUUUUUUUAAUGUUCAGUUAAUAAUACUCUUUAAGUUAUUGGUGUUUAAGAAUUUUAAGGUUAAGAUUAAUAUUUUUCAGUUGCAAAUAUAGUAUUGUCUGUUGUUUUUUUUAUAUUUUAACUUAUUUUUAUAAUCUUAAAAUAAUACAAUCCUUAUUUUUAUUUAUUAUUUAUUUAAAUUGUUUAGAUUUUAAUCAUUUUACAUUGA